CGGAUGAGCCAAAGUGCGAGACUGUUGUGAGAGAGAUAACGCAGACAGAUCGCUUGAAUAAGAAGUUACUCGUGUCGGUUUUAGAGCGAAUGAAGAAAUCAGACGGGCAAUUCGAUAAAUUCAUGGAGGACGACAAAGGAAAUUGCGAAUCACACGAUAACGAAUUCUAAAACGACCGUCAUCUACAAGACCCUAUAUAUGUGACUAUAUUCAUAUUUAAUCAAAAAGUAUAUACUAUUAUGGCCAAUACUUUUGAUUACGAAGGAGACGAAAAUAUUAUUGCUCAUUAUGAAGACCAAGAAUCUGAUGGUGAACAAGGUAGCCUGAAUGAAGCAGAAGCAACUUCUGACAAUGAUAAAGAUAACGAAACGGGAACUAAGCGAAAGAUUGAUCCAUCAACAUCUAAAGCACAUGUAAUAAGAAAUCCAGUACCUAAACUUAAUACAGAAAGAUUGAAAGGUCCCAAUGGUAUCCAGACUAUUGAAAAAUAUUUUGAAGGUUUCAAAUUUUAUGGUAAAGGAUAUGAAAAAGUAGACCUUAAUAGAAUUAUGAAAAGAUUAGAACAUUGGUCGCAUCGGUUAUUUCCAAAAUAUCACUUUGAUGAUUUUCUUGCAAGAGCUGAACAACUUGGAUCAAAGAAAGAUCUUCAGGUGUACAUGAAAAAAUAUCGACUGGAUAUGAUUAUUUCAGAUGAUGGUUUGAUCAUCAAUAAUAAUGAAGAUAAUGAAGAAGAUCAACAAGAAAGUGUACCUCUUGAUGAUUUUGAUUUAUUAAUAACAGAACAGAUUCAGAAACAAAAGCAAGCUAAAACACAAGUUUCCACAUUAGCUGCAACUUCAGCUUCAGAAGAUGCAUUUGAUGAGCUUUUAAUGCAGCCCAAUAACAUAUCAAACUCACAAGUACAAACCAUGAGCACUACUGGGAAUGAAUUAAGUGAUGACAUAAAAGAAAAAAUCGAACGGAAUAAACAGUUGGCUAUUCAAAGAAGACUUCAAAGACAAAAUGAACAAGAGGAAAUUAAGAGAAAAAAAUUGGCUACAAACGAAUUUGAAAGUAUGAAUUUAGAAAAUCCAAGUGAAAAUAGCAAUCUUAUAGUUAACGAUGAAGUAGAUACAUCUCAGCUAGAUAAUAUAUCGUCUCAAACCAAUGAAAAUAUAAAUAAAAUAACUUGUACUGACAAGUCAGAAAUGAAUAUCAAAUGAAAAUUCUCAGCAACAGACUAUUCAAUUAAAAUAAAAUAUAUAGUAAUAUAAAAUUUUUAUUGUCAAUAAGAUAUUGCUAACAAGCAUUCAUUAAUAUGAAUAUAUUAUAAGAAACUGCUGAUGUGAAUUUAUUAUAAGAAUAAGCUAAGAUAUAGUUAGAAAUAUAUGUUGCGAUUGAUUUUAAAUGCUUAUUAAAUACAAAUUUAACGUUUA